AGACGGAGAGCAGCCACGAGACUUGCUGGGACCUGCGCUGACCCUUGCUGCACAAGAUGACAGCAAGAGAUGGGCCCCAAGACAGGUACAAGGCUGUCUGGCUGAUCUUCUUCAUCCUCGGCCUGGGAACGCUGCUGCCAUGGAAUUUCUUCAUGACUGCCAGGGAGUAUUUCAUCGGUCGCCUCGCGAACACGGAGGAGAGGAGCCAGUCCUGGAAUGAGACCGGUGGGUCCCCUUCCUACCUAGAGUCCAUGUUUGACAACUUCAUGACUCUCUGCGCCAUGGUGCCCCUCCUCAUCUUCACCUGCCUCAACUCCUUCAUCCACCAGCGGAUUCCCCAGCAGAUCCGCAUCUUGGGCAGCCUGGUGGCCAUUGGGCUGGUGUUUUUAGUCACUGCAAUCAUGGUGAAGGUCUCCAUGGAGCCUCUUCCCUUCUUCGUCUUUACCAUGAUCAGCAUCGUCUUCAUCAACACUUUUGGUGCUAUGCUCCAGAGCAGCCUCUUUGGCCUGGCAGGGCUCCUGCCUGCCAGCUACACAGCUCCCAUCAUGAGCGGGCAGGGCUUGGCCGGCACCUUCGCCGCUUUGGCGAUGAUCUUCAGUAUUGCCAUUGGUGCCCAGCAACCUGAGAGCUUCAUCGGUUACUUCACCACGGCCUGUGUAGCGAUCGUGCUGGCAAUCUUCUCCUACAUCCUCCUGCCUCGCCUGGAUUUCUUCCGCUACUACUCCGUCAAGGACAAGACGGAGUAUCAUGUGUACAAUGCGGAGCUGGAGACCAAGAGAGACCUGAUUAAGAAAGAUGAGCCCAAUGGAAUGGAGCAGAAUAACUCAAAGAUCAUCCCUAUACACGACCCUGACGAGACGCCCUCGGUCAUCGCUAUUUUUAAGAAGCUCUGGGUCAUGGCUGUGUCUGUCUGCUUCGUCUUCACCGUCACCAUCGGUGUCUUUCCUUCCAUCACAGCUAAGGUGUCCACUGUCCUUGGAGAGGGAAACAGAUGGGGUCACUACUUCAUCCCUGUCUCCUGUUUCCUGCUAUUUAAUGUCUUUGACUGGACAGGACGAAGCCUCACUGCCCUCUUCACAUGGCCCGGGAAGGACAGCUGCCUCCUGCCAGUGAUGGUGGCCCUCCGUGUCAUCUUUAUCCCUCUUUUCAUGCUGUGCAACGUGAAGCCUCGUCACUACCUGCCUGUUGUGUUCUCUCAUGACGCCUGGUACAUCAUCUUCAUGAUCUUCUUCUCCAUCUCCAAUGGCUACCUGGCCAGCCUUUGCAUGUGCUUCGGGCCCAAGAAAGUGCUUGCCCACGAAGCAGAAACAGCUGGAGCCAUCAUGGCCUUCUUCCUGUCGCUGGGCUUGGCCCUAGGAGCUGCUGUCUCCUUCCUGUUCCGAAUUCUAAUCUAG